GCUCUUUUCUGGUCACGUGACAGUCAAUGCACACUGUCAAACCAGAAUGUCCAGCUCAUCUCAGAUGAAGUCCAUUAACAUUAUUAUCACAGAAUAAACGCUUAUAUCACGCAAAUAUCUGAGCAGCGGCGCUGAAAUGAGAGCAGAUUUGACGUUUCUACACAUCUGUCUGCUGGUACAGGUUGUCAGAGGCACAUUAUCAAAGACAGAUGCCAAAAAAGCCAGUAAGAACCAGGAAGCAGAGACGACAUUGGCAGAGCGUCCGGUUCAGGAUCGGGGUCUGGUGGUGACUGACCCUCAGUGGAGAGAUGUAGUGAGAGAAGAGAAGAGGUUCAGCCCGCAGUCUGUGUCUACACGACACUUUAAAGGAGCGGUGUUGGGUUACAUCACACCUUGGAAUUCUCAUGGAUAUGACAUCGCCAAGUUGUUUGGUCCCAAGUUGACGUCCGUGUCUCCAGUGUGGCUUCAGCUGAGACGGAGAGGACCUGAGAGUUUUCACAUCACCGGACUGCAUGACCACGACCCCGGUUGGGUCAAAGCUGUGAGGAAAGCCAAUAAGAAAAACAAAAUACUUCCUCGACUGUUGUUUGAUGGAUGGUCCUAUCAGGACUUCAUGAGUGUUUUUGACAGUGAGGAUGAGAUCGAGGAGUUGGGUCGAGAGGCGCUGGAAGCAGCAAAGGCUGAAGGUUUUGAUGGAUACACGCUGGAGUUGUGGAGCCAGCUUGGGGGAAACAAGAGAAAAGAGCUGGCACACCUGAUCACACACCUGUGUGAAACUCUUAAUGCUGAAAAGUUAACCUGUGUGCUGGUCAUCCCUCCUUCAGUCGCACCUGGUUCGGGUCAGCCUGGCAUGUUCGGACAAGAAGACUUUGAGAAACUGGCACCUGUGGUGGAUGCAUUCAGCCUCAUGACAUAUGAUUACUCCGGGCCCGGCAGGCCUGGUCCGAGCUCUCCGCUGUCGUGGGUCAGUGAGUGUGUGCUGCAGCUCGCUCCUCGGAACCAGUGGAGACACAAGAUUCUGCUAGGAAUCAACAUGUACGGACUGGAUUUCAGCAGCCAAGGUGGAGCAGAACCACUGCUGGGGGGGAGGUAUAUAGAACUGCUGAAGGAAUUGAAGCCCAAACUACAGUGGGACGAAAAUGCUGGAGAACAUUUUUUCAAUUAUAAAAGGAGUAAUGGAGCGAGACAUGUUGUUUACUACCCCACUUUAAAGUUUCUCCAGCUACGUCUUGACUUGGCAUCUGAAUUGGGCACAGGAAUAUCCAUGUGGGAGCUGGGACAAGGACUGGACUAUUUCUACGACUUAUUGUGACCUGCUCGUCCUGUCUCUAAUCUGACUCUAAAUAAUAAAGUGAUUUAUUC